AUGUCUCACGGUCGGCCGCCUAGUCAGCCGAACCGUUUUCACUAUCCACAAUAUGCGAACCAACAACAGACACAACCGGCAGCUGGCUAUGCUCACCCUUCACAGUAUCAACAAACUCAGCAAGAAUUCCCUCCACAUCCUUCGGUGAGGCUGCCACCAAAUGCCAAACUCAAUGCCCGGCAACAAUUAGGAGUGGGUGUCUCUCCGCCGCCAGCUCGAUUUGCAGGCCCUCAACGGCCCUCACAGAGACCUGGAGGUUCCGGCGUUCUGGUCCAAGAUUUCAAAUUUCCGACUGCACCUCCGGUCCCUGAAAGUUCUCCGGGAAAGGCAAAACAAGAUGCCUCGCCAUCUCCUGGCAGAAGAUCCAACGUACAUGAGUCUUAUAUGUCAUCAGUGCUGGAUGACUUUGCUACCCCUGGCACUACUCCCGGGUCUCGGUCGAGAGGCUUCCCGACGCCAAAAAGAUACUCCGGUUCGGUGUAUGCGGAAAGUGAAGCCUUGGGUGUUGACGAGCGAUAUGACCAGGGCAUCGCCACCCAAAAUAGCAGCAGAUCGACCUCACCAGAAAACAGCCCUCAAAUUGUCCGUCAAGCCAGUCUUGGGAAACGAGCCAAGCCUGCCAUGACCACGAUCAAGAACAGGAACAGCCACUUGAGCCAUGAGAUUCCAGAAGAAGGUGCGGAUCAUCUUAACCCAACGAACCGUACUGCAGCAAUGAAUGCACUCAGUGCGGCGGUCGCUGCCGGAAUCACCGCAAAGCCACCACACUUCCAGCCCGCAAGCUCUGAAUCGCGCAGCUACACCCCAGUCAGAAUGCCUUUCGAUACCUCUCCGCCAGCAUCGCCUUCUGCUGACAGAGAAUAUUUGCAAACUCCCAAAUCCCUAAGCACCGUAACCACCACCAAGCUUUUCGAGGGGCCCCCCGGCUCAUCGCACUCGCGCAAGUCAACCAACCCUCUGCUCGGUCUAGGCAUCGAACAACCUUCGAUGAGUGAUAAGAUCCCUCCCAAUCGAAGACCUCCUAGGCUAGAUAUGGACGCUGUCAAGGAGGCCGAACAACGUGGCAGCACCACCAGCCUCUCAGACCUCAUCAGACGAGCCACGAGGCUAGCCGCGAAUCUGGACAGAGGGAAAACAGCAAGCAGACUAGGUAUGCUGGACAUGUGGGGAAGUUCUGAUAAGCUCAGUAACAACCGACAAUCAACUAUGUCGGACAUGAUCUCAGCUUUCCCUGCUCCCGCCGUUGGUGGUACGCCCACGAGGGGAAAGGACGGAGCUUGGCCCCUGACUGAAAAGGGUGAAGUCUACGACUCAACCACGGAUUUGACAAAAGACCCAUCUCGAAAGCAACGGCGGAAGUGCUGUGGUCUAACAUUACCCGUUUUCUUUGCUAUUCUCGUGGUCCUCAUUGUUCUGAUUGCCGCUGCUGUCUUAAUCCCAAUUUUCCUAAUCAUUGUACCGAAACAAAACUCGAAAGACCACUCCUGCGCUUCCAGUCACCCUUGCGCGAACGGUGGCACAAGCAUCUCCAGCCAGGAUACUUGUGUCUGUGUCUGCUCUAAUGGCUUUACCGGAAGUCAGUGCGAAACUCCCGGUGAUGUUCAGGACUGCACGAUCGCCACAGUGACAGAAGGCUCCAACCAGUACAGAAACGCGACCUUGGGAUCUUCGGUGAUGCCUUCUCUAUUGCAAGCCCAGAACCAGUUCAAUAUCUCCCUCAACUCAUCAACAAUCCUGUCUUUAUUCUCGACCAACAAUUUGUCAUGUACCAGUGAAAACUCUCUGAUGGACUUCAAUUCGACUUCCCAGUCAACCAAAACAAGAAGAUUCAUUAUAAUACCUGGCCUGGAACCACAAAGCAAUCGACUCGCCUCAAUCGAUGAGGGCCUUUCCCCACCCGUUGUCAGUAAGCGCGCUGAAGCUAUCGGUGGAUCUCGAUUCAGACGAAGAGACGACGGUGUGACUGUGGGCACCUCCAACGGCAUUGUCUUUCAAGCCACAUCUGCCACUAUUGUUGGUGCCGUGCCUACACCUUCGGCAUCUAAAGAGAGCGAUGUAUCUACCGUCACAAGCGUGACGGAAUCAAGCAGCCCAACAUCCACGGCAGCUUCGGGAUCCGAGUCUGGCAGUCCAAGCUCCACAAGCAAUCGUAGUGCACCCAAGCCAACCUCUACCUUGACGGAGAAAGACAUCAACUUUGCUCGCGUUGUAGUCCUGUUUGUGUUGCAGCAAUCAAGAACGUUGGACGUAGCAGUCAAUGCUCAGCAGAAGAUGGAGGACUUUUUCCAGCAACAGCAGACACAGGGCAACUCGUCGACGAAGGUUGAUGUCGGCGAAGGCAAUCAACGGUUUUCGGCAGACUUUGAUGCGUUCAGUAUCACGCUAGGUAACGGUCUAGUCGUUGGCGGAAAGACUACCAACUGA